AAACAGGAACCUCUCCUGUCAUUCACGGUAUUCCCAGCGCUGACGACGUUAAAAUCCAGCAUCUUUCCGUAUUUACAACAAAAAGUAACGUUAGUAGACAUUUUAUUUCCUCCAACGUGACAAGUGAAAAGGCUCAAAAGAGAAGAUGAUUUUGUUUCAUUGGAAUUACGUGCGAGCCAAUGACGUCAGAUGUUCCAGAUGUUAGAAGCUGUGUAGCAGCACGUUGUUCCACAUUGUGACCUCGACUCGUGCGGAAAGAGUUCCGGGGCGAAGAAGAAUGAGCAACAUGAAGGACAAAGCGAGCCUCCGCCAGCAGAGCUCCGAAAACAACUCGGUGAGUAGUAACGAGUGGGACAUGGCGAACGAUGUGUUCGUGUCGGGCUACGACGACGACCCGUUGGAAGCAGAAACGGGCUCGGGCGACCCGGUGGAGCCCGGCAUGGACAGCAGACACCUGCCGCUUGUACCCCAGGACGGCAUGAUGCUCGGCCUGGAUGGGGACGAAUAUCCGGCGUCGUCCUAUCUGGACAUCGAGCCGAAUUACGCCGAGAGUGACGGCAGCGUCACCGCCAAGAAGCGAAUACGGUCCAACAGCUCCCGCCACCGGGGAGAGAUCGUCACGGAACUGGGCCCGGAGGAGGUGCGGUGGUUCUACAAAGAGGACAAGCGGACCUGGAAGCCGUUUGUCGGACACGACUCUUUAAAAAUCGAGACUGCCUACGAGCAGUACCGGUGUGAUCUGGUCGAGGCCGAGGGCAAAGCAGCCGCCAGGAGCGGGGAGGUCCAGUGCGCGGAGUGGGUGGUGGAUGCGGGCUCCGCUUUGGAGGAGAGGAAGGACCACGUCAGCGUAGAUGCGGUGUGUGUGAGGGGAGGACUUUAUGAAGUGGACAUCCGGGAUAAGGAAUGCUAUCCCGUUUACUGGAACCAACAAGAGCGUAUUCCUGUGAUGAGGGGUCAGUGGUUCACUGAUGGAACAUGGCUUCCUUUGGAGGAGGAUGAGAGUGACAUGAUAGAGCAGGAUCAUCUUGGCCGUUUCCGAGGGCAACAGAUGAAAGAUACUUAUGAAAUGGAGACAGUGGCCACCACAGUGGACAGCAAAGACGCCGUUCACAGUCUGAAGCUGAGUCGGAGCCAUGUUGACUGGCACAGUGUGGACGAGAUGUACCUGUAUAGUGAUGCCACCACCUCCAAGAUUGCACGAACAGUCACUCAGAAACUGGGCUUUUCUAAAGCUUCGAGCAGUGGGACACGUCUCCAUAGGGGGUAUGUGGAGGAAGCAGCGCCGGAGGACACGCCACCUGAAACCACCCAUCUUGUAUUUGUGGUGCAUGGCAUUGGCCAGAAGAUGGACCAGGGUCGCAUUAUUAGGAACACCAGCAUGAUGAGAGAUGCCGCAAGAAAGAUGGAGGAGAAACACUUUCCUAAUCGCACCACAGAGCAUGUUGAGUUUCUUCCUGUUGAGUGGAGGUCCAAACUGGCUCUUGAUGGAGACACAGUGGACUCCAUCACUCCUGACAAGUUAAGAGGUCUCAGAGACAUGUUAAACAGCAGCGCCAUGGACAUUAUGUACUAUACCAGUCCACUUUACAGAGAUGAGAUUACCCGAGGUCUGACUCUGGAGCUCAACCGUCUUUACUCGCUCUUCUGCUCGCGAAAUCCAGACUUUGACAAACACGGGAAGGUGUCCAUUGUCUCACACUCGUUGGGCUGUGUCAUCACCUUUGACAUAAUGACCGGCUGGGACCCUGUGCGCUUUCAUCAUCUAGAAGUUCCAGACCCAAAAGAAGCCGAGGCUCGCUGGCCGAACGACGAAGAGCGACACCUUCAGGAGCAGCUCAGACUCACUCGCCUCAGGUUGAGGGACUUGGAGGACCAAUUUCAGGGUCUGCAGACCUUGUCAUGUGUAGCAGUUCCAGCUCUAAAGUUUAAGGUGGAAAAUUUCUUCUGCAUGGGAUCCCCUCUGGCAGUAUUCUUGGCAUUGCGAGGCAUCCGUCCGGAAAGUAAUUGUGUCCAGGACCAUAUACUUCCUACCUCAAUCUGCAAUCGUCUCUUCAACAUAUUUCAUCCUACAGACCCAGUGGCUUACAGACUGGAGCCGCUUAUCUUAAAGCACUACAGUAACAUUGCACCUGUUCAAAUCAAUUGGUACAACACCGCGAGUCCUACGCCGUACGAUCAAAUCCGUCCCACGCUUCUUAACAAGGAAACGACAACUAUAUCAGAUUCAGACAAUCUUCCCAGCCCCUGCACCUCUCCACCCCAGGCCCGCCGUCACUAUGGAGAGUCCAUCACCAACCUGGGCAAAGCCAGCAUCAUGGGGGCUGCGAGUCUUGGAAAGGGUAUUGGGGGAAUCCUGUUCUCCCGCUUUUCUCGAUCCAGCGGACAGGUGGGCGCAGUCGAGGAGGAGUCGUCAGAUAUCGAGGGUGGAGCCAUUGAAGGCGAAAACGCAUCUUCAGAAGAGAAGUCAAUCGUGGGCGAAAGUGAUGAAAAGGAAAAACCAGUGGAGGAGGAGCCCGGUGUAGUGGAGCAGGCCAUGUCACAAUCCACUUCAGUAGUCAUUGACCACACCUCAUUGGAACUGGAGCGGCGCAUUGACUUUGAACUACGCGAGGGCUUAGUGGAGAGCCGUUAUUGGUCAGCUGUGACGUCACACACGGCCUAUUGGUGUUCUUAUGAUGUGGCGCUCUUCCUCCUCACUUUUAUGUACCGACCUCAGGAGCCUCCUGACACUGCAGAGAACACAGACUCAUUAUAGCACACAUGUACAAAUGGCACGUCCUGUUCUUUCACUUUCUAUUUCCAAAGUUUUUCAUUACAAAAAUAGUUAAAAUAUAAAUGCUAUUUUAUGUACUAUUUCUAGUGUGAACUGUUGAUAUACUAUACAUCUUAAUUUGAUUGUAAAUACUCAACUUCAACAUUGCUACUUAACUGCAGUUUGACUUAAUUUUAACAAGCUUCAUUUACAUCAAAUGAUAAUGAGGUUUUAAGACAAAUUAACACAACACCUUUCAUUGAACAGAUGAGCUGUGCCCAAAACGUAGUUUCCUACGACAACCGCUCACUUGGUGAGAUGUUUGUCAUCAAGUGGCCUGGACGCCUUUGUUUGCAGAGAAAUGUUGAAUGUGAGUCCAACAACAUCAUCGCUCUGUCUCACAUGAAGGUGCAAACAACCUGCUUUGGGUACAGGAAACUUUCACUCCAGUGAGAGACUGAUAAACGAGGGGCGCGUAACGUCGAAUCUUGGGUGAGUACCCCUUCGCCUCAGCCAGAACAUUGUGACAAUGAUCAGAGACACAUGGCUAAGGCAUUGGAAGAGUUUCUCAAAAAGGAGCACAUCAGGAUCUUGGCAUUGCCUCGCAAGUGUUUGGACCUAAUCCCAUUUUUUGGGAUCUUCAACUUUGAAUUGCCAAGGAACAGCCGCUAUAUAUCAGGAUUUCAGGAAUAAACUUAUAGAGGAAUGGACAAAGAGAUUUGUGCAAGCACAAUAGAUGUCUCACCUCUGGUCUUGCCAACAAGUAGUUCAACACCAAGUACUAAACAAAGUUUUGUACUGGAAUGAAAUACUCCUAAAUAUUUUGCAAACCAUUAAGGGCCAAAAAGGACUAUUCCUUAUUGUGAUUACUGUAACUUGUACAAGUAAAUGACUCAAUCUGUACAUUUAGCUUUGUUUGUUUUACAUGUUCUCCAUUGCAGGAUUUGUCUGAUAGUUGCCAAUGAAAUUGUAUGUAUAAAUAUGUGUAGGAUAAAGUUGAAUUAGGAAACAUUACACUGGGCGUCUGCAAGGUCAAACCUUAGUGUGCCAGUUUAAAAAUUUAACAAACUGCACGGUGGAGGAAAGCCAGCAGCUUAAAAAGUAAGUCAGCUCCAUCAUUUGCCUGAUUCCAAUGCACUUUUUCUAUAGCAGGUGGGAAAGUGGUGACUAUCAGUUUUCUGGCAUGUUUGAUGUUGGAACUGCCAAAUGCAGAGACUUGGUCAAUUAUGAACAACAAUGAAGGUUUUUCAAAAUGGCUCCUCAUAUCCAGUCAGAUCCAUUCUCCUUAAUAUGUCUCCAACCUAGAAUUUGGUACUUCCUGUCAGAGGCAAACCUGUAGCAGUCAUGUACACACCCAGCUGUGAAACCAGCAAAGCAACAUAUGUAUUACCAAUGCCUUGUCCGUACCUUUAACACUUUAGACCUCUGAAGUACAGGAUAGGGUUAUACACUUGCUUUUACUGUAUAUUUGACCUUAAAAACUCUUAAUUUUUGUUUUUAUUUGUAGUACAACAUCACGUGUGUGAUUGUAGUUGUUUUUUUCUUAAAGGCCUACUGAAACCCACUACGACCAACCACGCAGUCUGAUAGUUUAUAUAUCAAUGAUGAAAUCUUAACAUUGCAACACAUGCCAAUACGGCCGGUUUAGUUUACUAAAUUACAAUUUUAAAUUUCCCGCUGAGUUUCCUGUUGUAAACGUCGCGGAAUGAUGACGCGUAUGAUGACGCGUGUUUGUGACGUUAUUGGUUGGAGGGGACAUAUUAGCCCAGCACCACUUACGGCUAAAAGUCGUCUCCUUUCAUCGCGCAAUUACACAGUAUUUUGGACAUCUGUGUUGUUGAAUCUUUUGAAAUUUGUUUAAUUAAUAAUGGAGAAGUCAAAGUAGAAAGAUGGAGGUGGGAAGCAUUUAGCUUUUAGCCACACAAACACACGGUGUUUCCUUGUUUAAAAUUCCCAGAGGUGAAGCUUUACUAUGGAUCAGAGCGGUCAAGCGAACAUGGAUCCCGACCACAUGUGAACCGGCAGUUUUCGGUGAGAUAAUUGUGGUAAAAAGUUGCCUCUUACCAGAGAUCAGCGGAGUUUCUGUCCUGCUGCAGCUUCGUGACUUCCCUGGCGUCAGCACACCCGUGGACACACCCCUCCGACUAUCAGGUACUAUUUAACUCACUAAAACACUAGCAACACAAUAGAAAGAUAAGGGAUUUCCCAGAAUUAUCAUAGUAAAUGUGUCUAAAAACAUCUGAAUCGCUCCCAAUGCAAUCGCCUUUUUUUUAAACUUUAUUAUUUUAUUUUUUUUAAUUUUUUUUUUAGUCCUUCACUCUAAAUUUCCUCAUCCACGAAUCCUUCAUCCUCGCUCAAAUUAAUGGGGAAAUUGUCGCUUUAUCGGUCCAAAUAGCUCUUGCUGCUGGAGGCUCACAUUAUAAACAAUGUGAGGAUGUGAGGAGCCCUCACACCGGUGACGUCACGCGCACAUCGUCUGCUACUUCCGGUACAGGCAAGGCUUUUUUACUAGCGACCAAAAGUUGCAAACUUUUAUCGUCGAUGUUUUCUACUAAAUCCUUUCAGAAAAAAUAUGGCAAUAUUGCAAAAUGAUCAAUUAUGACACAUGGAAUGGACCUGCUAUCCCCGUUUAAAUAAGAAAAUCUCAUUUCAGUAGGCCUUUAACACACUGUCUGAAACCAACUAAAAUCCUAAAAUCCGAGUAAAGUUUUUACAUGUGUGUCAAACUCUUCUUUUGAACGGUUCAUAUCAUGAUAUUUUUGUCCACAUUUAAAACACUUGUGGUCUACAUACAGUGCAAGUAUUCAGAGCGCUUCACUUUUCCACAUUUAAUGUUACAGCCCUAUUCCAAAAUGAAAAAAAAAAAUUAAUUGUGUUUGUUUGUGACCGUACACACAAUACCCCAUAACGACAAUGUGUUUCUUUUUUGCAAAUGUGUUAAAAAUAAA